UACUAGUUAAGUUUUGCGGGCAUUUUCGUUGUUGUUGUUUACUCUGUAGAGUUUUUAGUAAGUAAAUGCGCUGGUUUGGGUUUGGCUUCAACGCCUUUGGACAAAUAUGUGUCCAGGAGAAAGUGACUAAAAAAGAAAUUGGCGACGCUGUCAGGGAAGUCAAGCUAAGUUUUCCCACAGAGCUAAAUGUGGCCGGAAGAGGCUGCUGCUGCUUGAAGACGAGUAAAAUCAGCGCGAGUUGGAGUCGCAGAGCAUCUUUGCAUUUGGAUACAGACAGCUGUGUGUGUGUGGCAGGUCAUGGGGCACCCUGCUCUGUCGCAGUAAGCACGUGCGGCUGUGCAGAUGCAAUCAUCAGUGAAUGGCAUCUCACCCUUGCCUUCCCACAAAGAAUUGAAUGCUGGGAGCUGCAGAAGAACGACACCACUCCAUCAUGGAGCAUGGAGAUAAACACCCAGAGCUCUGAUGUAAAUUUGCCAUUGGUGCCUGGUGGUUACAUAGCAUCGAAACCUCCCAUCUUCCGCUCCUUGUCUCCUCACCUGCAAGCCAAGAGUCUGGCGCUUGGGGGGGACCAUGCUAUCCUCCUGACUGCCACAGGAGCCGUCCACAGCUGGGGACUGGGCAGCCACGGUCAGUUGGGACAUGGAGGACUUACUUCAGAAGAAGAGCCCAGGGCAGUGGAGGCCCUGUGGGGGGUGCCUAUGAGCUCAGUGGCUGCAGGAGGCUGGCACUCUGUCUGCAUUAGUGAUGGAGGUGAUCUGUACGUGUGGGGCUGGAACGAGAGCGGCCAGCUUGGACUGCCAUCACGAGGUUUGAGGAAAACCUCACAACAGAAAAGUGCCCACCAAGCAGAACUGUGCCACGAUGUCAGCACAUCUGGAGAGGAGCAACACGAGGGAGAGAAAUCUGAUGAAGUGUUCAUCUCAAUUCAAGGUUUCCCUGCUCUGCUGGACGUCAAUCCAUCGUGUGAAAUCAGGACAGUGAGCUGUGGCUCCCGGCACACAGCUGCAGUGACAACCACGGGUCGUCUGUACACUUGGGGAUGGGGUGAAUACGGCCAACUUGGGCACCGUACACUGAACAGUUUAGACGAGCCUCAGUGUGUGGAGUUCUUCAGCGCCGAGAAUCUGCUCGUGGUUGACGUGGUGUGCGGGCCGUGGAACACUUUUACUGCUGCUGUCCAAAAGGAAGAACCUGAACUCAAAAACAGAUCUCCUAAAUGAGCUUGACAACAUAUCAGGAGGUAGAAA